AUGGCUAAAGCGUACAGAAAGGAAGAUUUUGAGUAUCUUAUGGCCAAGGUUAAUAAAAUUGAUCACCGGAUGAAGGAUUAUCUAUAUGAUGUUGGAUAUGAGAAGUGGUCAAGGGUUCAUGCUCAAACAAUAUUAGGGAGAAGGUUUGAUGAAAUCCAAACACUUAAUGGAUUGAAAGCAUCCAGAAUGACGGUCAAGCCUGCAUCAGAGUAUCAUUAUUCUGUUUAUGAAUAUGAGAAAAUAUACGUUGUGGACUUGAAUGCUAAUAAAUGCAACCGUGUGUUGAAAAGUAAACAGAUUACAAAGUUCCGUCCGUGGUGCUUUGAUUACUAUAAGCUUGCGACAUUAGUGAAGAUAUAUAAAGUUUCAUUGGUACCUUUGUCCGAUAAGAAGGAUUGGCAUGUGCCUCAAUAUGUCGAAGAAGAAGAAUUCAUACCACCAAAAUACAAAAGACCACCUGGAAAACAGAAGAAGCGUAGGUGUAAGAAAGCAAGGGAAAUACUAUCCCCCAGUACAAACUGUUGUGAAAAAUGCGAUUGUGAAGGUCACAAUAGGCGUGCGUGCAACUUCUUUUGGAAGGAGGAGUGA